ACUCAGACACAGAAGCAGGAAACAGGAAGCACGUGAGUUCUGGAAAAGAGAAGCUGUAGUUGAGCUGUAGUGUGUUUGUGUCUCUGUAUUCACGCAGUAAAAGUUUCUCAGGAUGAGUUCUUGUGUCCAGUGUGUCUGGAUCUCCUGAAGGAUCCAGUGACCACUUCCUGUGGACACAGUUACUGUAAGAGCUGUAUUACAGACUGCUGGGAUCAGGAGGAUCAGAAGUGUAUAUGUAUGCUGUGUACGAUGGAUGAACAUAAAAACCACGACACUGUAUCAGCUGCAGCACAGAGGACAGAGAAACAGAAGCAGCUGAAGGAGAAACAGAAGACGCUCCAGCAGAGAAUCCAGCAGAGAGAGAAAGAUCUCCAGCAGCUGAGAGAGGCUGUGGAGUCUCAUAAGCGCUCUGCACAGACAGCAGUGGAGGACAGUGAGAGGAUCUUUACUGAGCUCAUCCGCUCCAUUGAGAGAAGCCGCUCUGAGCUGAUACGACUGAUCAGAGAUCAGGAAAAGACUGCAGUGAGUCGAGCUGAAGAACGACUGGAGCGACUGGAGCAGGAGAUCAAUGAUCUGAGGAGGAGAGACGCUGAGCUGGAGCAGCUUUCACACACACAUCACAUCCAGUUCCUGCAGAGUUUCCAGUCUCUUUCAGCACCUCCUGAAUCUACAGAUUUAAAUGUUGAUGUCUUCAGCUCUCUUGUCUCUUUUGAUGAUCUGAGAGAAUCUGUCCAUCAGCUGAGAGACAAACUGGAGGAUUUCUGCAAAGAGGAGCUCAAGAAGAUCUCAAACAGAGUCACACUCGCCAUCAUUGCUCUCUGGACCAGGGACGACUUCCUACAAUAUUCCCAUCAGCUCACUCUGGAUCCGAACACAGUGAAUAAAAACCUCCUUCUGUCUGAGAACAACAGAGUGAUUACUAACACUGGCACAGAUCAGUCAUAUCCUGAUCAUCCAGACAGAUUUGAUGAGUAUUAUCAGGUGUUGUGUAGAGAGAGUGUGUGUGGACGCUGUUACUGGGAGCUUCUAUAUAGUGGAGAUUAUGUGUGUGUAUCAGUGUCAUAUAAGAGCAUCAGCAGGAAGGGAGACGGUGAUGAGUGUUUCUUUGGAUCUAAUGAUCAGUCCUGGAGUUUGUUCUGUUCUCGCUCCAGUUGCUCAUUCAGACACAAUAACAUUGAGACUCGUCUCCCUAUGAAGUACAUCAUCAGGAGAAUAGGAGUGUUUGUGGAUCACAGUGCAGGAACUCUGUCCUUCUACAGCGUCUCUGACACAAUGAGCCUCAUCCACACAGUCCAGACCACAUUCACUCAGCCACUCUAUCCUGGGUUUUGGGUUGAUAAUAAAUCAUCAGUGAAACUGUUGAUGAAUCAGAAGACACUGACGAGAGAUUCUACCCAUAAUGCAAAUAAUUAAUAAAUAAUAAUAAUUCUAUAAACUUAGAAAAUAAUAUUAAUAGCAAUAACACUCAAAUUGACAAUACAUUGUAAUUAUACAUACCCCCGGCGUCAGCAUUGUGGUUGUUACAUUCAGUGACUUUCUGUUUCCUUAUUUGGUCAUCUUCAUUUUCUUGUUUUGUUAAUUGAUUAAUCCCCACCUGUCUCCAUUUCUCUGAUUACCUCCCGUGUGCUUAAAUACCCUGUCUGUUUAGUUCUUCCUCGUCCGUGAUUGAUGUUGUAUCCUGAGUUACGUUUGUCUUAUGUUGGAUGUGCCCUUUUUCUCCUACGAUUAUUAAAAGUACCUUUUGUA